UUUUUUUUUUCAGAAUCCUUCAGAUUCUAGGCCACAGGAAAAUCAUGUCCAAGCUUUGGCUCCUAAGAAACAUCUUGAGAUAAUAGUUAAUGCUCGAGGGGUUAUAAAUAAAUUUCUUUUUAAUAAGAAAUCUAGCAAACUUAACCUUAAUAAGUUCUAAUCACUUUGCCCACACUUCAGAGUUGGGGUGAUAAAUACAGGGCAUCCCUAGAAAAUUCCCAGGUGGGGAAUUCCUUUCUCUAAUAGUGAUUAUGUGCCAAUAAUUAUCUAUCAGAAAAAUAAUGCUCAGAAAAUAAAUGCCAAAUUGGAUUAGUUCUUUCCACUUAAAAAAGGUAAAUCACUAUAGAAAACAGUCGGGAUUCACUGGUUAAAAAACAAAUCAAAGUAGUGGUUGCACUCUGGAAAUUUACCUUAAGUCCAAAAAUUAGGCUAUAGUUCACUGCCUUUUACUUCCCCAGAGGUAAAACUCAUAAACAUUUCUUACUAAGCACAAAACUUAGGAUCUGUAUAGUUAGAAAAUCUUGAACCCUAAAACUACAUUACCCAGAAUGCUUUUCCUUUUGUGCACCUUUGUGUCUUCAUGUUAUAGUUUUAUAAGUUUUGUAGCUCCUUCCUCUUGCUUCUUUCUUCAGCAGGCUGGGUGGUUUAGGUAGUUCUUUUACUUUAGUUAUUAUUAAUAAAGCUUUUAAAAAUAUAAUACUUUGUUAUUGGAUAUCAAUUUUAAUCUUUACAGAUCCCUAAGGAAAAGCUUAAAAUUAACUUUAAAUCAGAAUACCUAUUCAAGUCUCUUCUCUCCCUCUUUUUUUUUGUUAAUGGCUCAAAAAUUGCAUUUCUUUCAGCUGUGCCCACAACCUCUCCUUUGCCUAAGGCAAAAAUGGCUAAGAGGAAAUUUGUUGUUCAGUUUAAAAAUGCUCAGGAUUUCCUUACCAUUUAAAGCAAAGCCUUUCCCCAAAUAUGCCUGGUCCUAUUACUACAACUCCAACACUGAUCAGGUUUGUAGUUAACCUAACUGACAUUAAGCUUUCUCCUACUCUACAUGCAAAUAUACGUUAAUCAGAAAAACUUUGUUUUCUAAAAAAAAUAAAAUAAAAUCAUAGUACUCAAAUCAAGCGUCAGUACCUAGAAUGAAUGUAUCUCAUUAUCAAAAUCAUUAAAAACUAACUGUUCUUGAUAUAUUUUUCACUUUAACCAUUUCAAGACCAGAGAAAAACUAAUAUAUAAAGUUUUGAAUCUUUGGCCUCUUUUUGCCUACAAGUGAACUACAAAGGCUGGAACCUUUUGGGGGAAGAAUCCUUCUGAGAAGGAUUGAAGUUAUCUCUCUUCAGGUAUCCAGUCUUAUUGCAAAAAUAACACCUUCCCUCCCUCCGCCUUUUGGUUGGGUACCUGAAAGAAAACCAUCUUAGAAACCAAGGGCGAGACUAUAGCAUCAGGAUUAUCUGAAGAAAAGCCAAAAUUGGCUUCAAAUGUAGCCAGAAAAUCAUAAGGAUCAAAAACAGAUUCUCUCGCCUUUUGAGUGCAGACCUGAAUGUUACCCCUAUUGACAGCUUCGGAAUAGCCUCUAAUCAGGACUCCCCAACUUUUCUGGCUUCUUGCAGGUGGACUUCAGGCUCAUCCUUUCUAAGCUUUAACUGAUUUAUGUGCUCUAAAAGAUUUUCCCAUUGGGCUGUCUUAAACCAGUGAUCUGCAUUGCCUGGGCCCACCAAUAUUUGGGCUAGCUGAUAAAGGUCUAAGAGGUUUGUAAGUAGAGAGAAUGACUUAGAAUUCUUUAUUGAAUUCCAUGGGACUCUCUUUAGCCUUUAGGAAUUCAUUAGCCAUUGCUCUGAGCUCAGCCUUGGUCCCAGGUGUGAGAGCUGCCUGAAAGGCCCUGGUGUCUUUCUCCCUUGAAGGAGUGGUGGAGGACCAGGGUUCUUUAUAAACUCUCCUUAAGCUCUUCUAUUUCUCUCUGUAAUUUGGCAAUCUGACUUUCAAUUUGUUCCCUGUAGAUUUUUACCUUCUAAGUUUAUUAGCCUGGUUUUCCUCUUUGCUUACCUUUUCUUUAUUUUUACAUUUCUCCAGGCUUGGAGAUUGAUCCAAUUUUGAUUGUCUCUUGGUACCUCACUAGAGCCAUUGUUGGAAAAUUGCCCUGGUUUUUUCAAUCCUGGGAUCUGCAUUGUUUAAAAUUAACAGCAGAAAGAUGAUCUCUUUCCAUCAAAGAGUCCCAUUUUGACGGCCCCCCCGUUUGGAAUCAGAUUCUGCUACUGUUUGCCAUCUAUCAAAAUCUUUGCCAUCACUAGAUUCAUAUUUUGAAAAUAUAUAAUUUGCCCCUGUUUUUCAUUGUCGUUCCUCGAGCUGGUGCUGUCCCACCAUCCUGCUGGGAACACAGGCUUGCUGUUUCCUAUUUCCAGCAGCCCCGGGGUAAGCUCUGGAUUAUGCAGUACCACCUUUCAAGCCUUCUUAGUAAAAGCUCCCAAAUACAAGAAACUCAGUCCUUUUAUCUGAGAGUCACUUACCUGGCCACACUGCUAACUAGACUCCUGACUCAACCAGGAAUGGGUUGUGUGUGUACCUCAUGUCUUGGGGUCCUUGUUAGCCUGGGGGCUCAGGCAGCUGUGUUAACUGGGGAAAAAACCCCAGAACUAUUAAGUACUCAGAAAAACCACUCUUUAAUUAAGAAAAGGGGUUCUGUGCUUUCCCCAAGGCCAUCACAUGGAGCAGCCUGCUACACACCCAUGCAGAGUCCCAAGACUCUGGUUGCUCUGGUCACUGACCCCUGGGAGAACCAAUUAAGCUAGAUUGACAACUCCGAGGAAUAAAAGAAUUUGGGGGACCUAUAUACCAUUUGGGGGAUCGAGGGGCGGGGAAAGAAGAUUGACAUUACAAUAGCUACAAGGAAAUGGGAGUGUUCAAACUAUAGGGACAGGAUACCAUCAGGUUUGGGAAAGGAAUAGCUAGAGGCUAGGGUGUAAGGAAUGGGGCUCCUUAGAAUGGAUUCUAAAAGGGUGGUCCUGCCCUGGUGUGGGUCUUCUUGGGAAAGGUCUCAUACAAUGGGGAAGACUACCUAAGGCAAAAAAAGAGUACUGAGUAUUUGCUCAGCCCCACCUAACUGGGAUUUUCACUUACUUUACGGUCCAUUAUUUAGUCUGAAACUGCUAGCCUGAGAUUCCCUUCAGGGUGGAUUCUCACGGGAAUAGGAAACAAGUACAAGCUUUGAGGUCUCCAUUUUACAAGCUAAUCAUAAAACUUGAGGUUCAUCGGAUCUUACUAGGGUACAAGUUUGGGGUUUCUAGAUUCCACUUCCACACAUGCUAGUUUGUCAAUGAGCUUCCUAAAACCUAGCCUGCUUUUUUUUGUAAACCUUCCUCCAUUCUACCCCUCACCCCAAUCAGGAAUGCAGAAGAGGUGAGCUCUUCAAUUGACAUCGUUUUAUGCAUUUUGGAGUAGCCCACCCAAGUGCCAGGUGUAGGGGAGUAUUUUUUAAAAGCCCCGCCUCGAAAAUGUAGUGAUUCCUUCUUCUUUCUACACUCCGGAAAUAGUCCCGAGUCCAGGCACCGAGGGAAACCCCAGGGUACACUGGGGCUUGUAGUUCCGAGGACCGUCUACCCUCCACGUAUGUGUUCAUUCAGGACACACGCUUACCUAGAGCCUCGUUCAGAAGGAAAGAGGAAGCCGACCUUUUUGUUUCGCCAGGCGCCAUCUGGGAGUUGUAGUUAAAAGGGAGGGCGGGGUCAGGGGCGGGCGCUGUGGGUAAGGAGACGUAGCUCUCCGUGGGGGGUGUGAGAUCGAUCGAGGCGGGCGUGUCGAGCGGUCGCUCGAAGCUAGUCCUCCACUGGGGUGGCCUGGGCUGCGGGGAUGGAAGCGGCUUGGCGCCAGGUGGCCGGAGGCAGAGGCCGUGCGAGAGGCCGGGCGUCCGCCGCUCCGGCCUCGGGGAAUGGAGUCCAGCCUCGCGGCGGGGGCGGGAGGGGCAGCGGAGCCCCGGGAGCUGGCAGCCGGCCUGGUGUGGGCCGAGGGGCGGGGGGCGCUGCGGCCCCCUCUGCUGGCCGAGGCCCGCUCAGCGGUAUCCCAGGAGCAGCAGCGGUAGUAGCAGCGCGUCCAGUCCCCGCUGCUAGUGAGCUAAUGUCACAGAAGAAAUUUGAGGAAAUCAAGAAGGCUAAUCAAGCAGCAGCAAAAAAACUUGUUGAAGAUCACUUUAGUUCUUCUGAAGAAGAAGGAGAUGAAGAUACUGAAGGAAAGCAGGGCAAAAUUGUUGACAAAACAUUCAUAACAUACACUAGUCAAAUAGAUGGAGAUAUGCAUGAUUUGGAACGGACCAGACAGUAUAUAAAUGAAGCUUUUCAGUCGGGGGCUAUGACAUGCUUAAUUUGUAUUGCUUCCGUAAAAAGAAACCAAGCAGUUUGGAGCUGUUCAGGAUGUUUCUGUAUAUUUCACAUGCCCUGUAUUCAAAAGUGGGCUAAAGACAGCCUCUUUCUUGUAUCUUCACCUUUGACAGAUGAUGACUUUGGAAAAAGAGACUAUCCUUGGCCCUGUCCAAAAUGUCGGUUUGAAUAUAAACGAUCUGAAACACCAACUCGAUAUUAUUGCUAUUGUGGAAAAGUGGAAGAUCCACCACUGGAUCCAUGGCUUGUACCUCAUUCAUGCGGACAGGUUUGUGAGAGAGACUUUAAGCCUUCUUGUGGACAUAAGUGUUUACUCCUCUGUCACCCAGGUCCUUGCCCUCCCUGUCCAAAAAUGGUUUCAAUUACUUGUUACUGUAAGAAGGCAAAACCAGUAUCUCGCCGAUGUAGUACCAAGGAGUGGUCCUGCCAGCAACCCUGUGGUCAGAAGUUGUUAUGUGGGCAACAUAAAUGUGAAAACCCUUGUCAUGCAGGGAACUGUCAACCCUGUCCACGAGUUAGCAAACAGAAGUGUGUCUGUGGCAAACGAGUAGCUGAAAGACUUUGUGCAAGUCCAGUCUGGCACUGUGAUCAGGUAUGUGGAAAAACACUGCCAUGUGGAAAUCAUAGAUGUGAGCAAGUUUGUCAUCCUUUCGCUUGUGGAGAAUGUCCUCGAUCUGGGAAAAGAUUCUGUCCCUGUCAGAAAUCAAAGUUUUCUUUGCCUUGUACGGAAGAUGUACCAACUUGUGGAGAUAGUUGUGACAAAGUGCUUGAAUGUGGAAUUCAUAGGUGUUCACAGCGUUGUCAUCGAGGUUCUUGUGAAAUAUGUAGACAGGAAGUUGAAAAGCACUGUCGCUGUGGAAAACAUACCAAACGAAUGCCAUGCCACAAACCCUAUCUCUGUGAAACUAAGUGUAUUAAAAUGCGGGACUGCCAGAGGCAUCAGUGUAAGAGAAAGUGUUGCCCUGGAAACUGCCCACCUUGUGAUCUACCAUGUGCACGAGCUUUAGGGUGUAGAAACCACAAGUGUCCCUCCAUCUGCCACAGAGGUAGCUGUUAUCCCUGUCCUGAAAUAGUAGAUGUGAAGUGCAAGUGUGGUAAAACAAAGGUGACUGUUCCUUGUGGCAGAGAACGUACCACCAAACCACCCAAGUGCAAAGAGCUCUGUAGCCAGCCUUCAACUUGCCAUCAUCCAAAUCGAGAGAAACAUCGAUGUCAUUUUGGCUCUUGUCCUCCAUGUCAUCAGUCUUGCCAAAAAAUUCUGGAAAAAUGUGGUCAUUUAUGUCCUGCUCCAUGCCAUGACCAAGCAUUAGUAAAGCAAACUGGCACGCAUCAACCUGCAGGUCCCUGGGAACAGAUUUCUGAACCAGCAUAUAUUCAAACUGCUUUGCCUUGUCCACCCUGUCAAGUUCCUAUUCCAACAGAGUGUCUUGGGAAGCAUGAGGUCAGUCCUCUCCCAUGUCAUGCUGUGGGCCCUUACUCUUGUAAGAGGUUUUGUGGACGGAGUCUAGAUUGUCAAAAUCAUACUUGUAUGAAGGAAUGCCAUAAAGUUACUGAAAUUGAUGACUGUGUGGAUGAAAAAAAGUCAGGGCCAGAAUGUCUUCAAUGUGAAGAAGAAUGCCAUAAACCACGGCCACCAGGUUGUCCUCACCCAUGUGUUCUGCCCUGUCACCCUGGAGAAUGUCCUCCUUGUGUUCAAAUGCUCAGAAUAAAAUGUCAUUGCAAGCUCAUAAACUUAUAUGUGGAAUGCAGACAAUUGUCAACUGCCGAUGUAAAUGAAAAGAAUCUAUUGACUUGCUGCAAAAAUCAGUGUCCUAAAGAGUUGCCUUGUGGUCAUCGCUGUAAAGAGUUAUGUCAUCCUGGUGAAUGUCCCUUUAACUGCAACCAGAAGGUAAAACUCAGAUGUCCUUGCAAGAGAAUUAAAAAGGACCUGCAGUGUAACAAGGUGCGUGAAGGCCAGGUUUCUCUAGAAUGUGACACCAUGUGUAAGGAAAUGAAACGGAAAGCCUCUGAGAUAAAGGAAGCAGAAGCCAAAGCUGUUAUUGAAGAAGAAAAACGAAGACAACAGGCUGAAUUAGAGGCCUUUGAAAACAGAUUGAAAGGUCGUCGGAAGAAAAACAGGAAAAGAGAUGAAGUAGAAAUUGAACCCUCAGCAUGGCAAAAACAUAAGAAGGUGUUCCUUUUCCUAGUGUGCACAAUUGUUGUGCUGUUUGCAUGGUACUUGGCUCCUGAUAUGUACUGAAAAGUUUUGAUCAAUUUUAAUAUACCUCAAUUUGAUUUAGCUUUAGAUAAUGUUCUUAGAAUGUUAAUUCAUGUAUAUCAUAGAACAUGAUUUAUGUUCAUAUUCAUCUUUGUACUUUUAUCAGAGAAAAAGGAGGUCGUUUUAUCUUGACUAGCAUCAAAAAAGGGCAGCAUAGCACAAAUUAAAGUAAUAGCAUGAAUAGAAAUUGUAAAAUACCUUUUAUUAUUUACAAAGCUAUUGCUAAGAAAACACUUUAGUAGUUCAUUUUGUUUCCUUAUGUGCAAACACUUCCUGCAAACUUUCAUUUUUUUCCUUGUUAAAAUGAAACUGAGCCAUAUUUGCUUUAAAAUUAACAUUUCUAAUAGAACAUCUUUCCUUAUUAAAGAAUAAUUUCUUUUAUCAUGUAUUUUGUUUAAUGAUCUUGUGUAGUAAGACUUUUCAAAAGAAAAACCUGAAAAUGUCUGGAUUUCAUAAUCAGGUACCAAGAAAGUUUGUUUAUUAUACUUUAUCACUGUGGACUGUUAGCCAGUUAUGACAUUUUUGUUAGAUUUUGUAUGAGUCAAAGGAAAAAUUGAUUUUAUUCAUUAGAAUUUAUCAGAUACAAAAAUCCCAACAGUUUUAUUGAAGUCAAAUUAUACAUUUGACAAAAUUUUAAGUGUAUUCUUUCACAGUGCAUUUCAGAUAGACAAGUGGAUAUGAUAUUUUUAAAAAUCAACAAAUCUGGCUUGAUUGUAAGUUAUUUUAAACAGUUUUUUAAAUUUUUGUGACUAAUCUCUAAUUAAAAGUAUUUUAUUAUCAGCUUUGCACUCCUGAAAUUUUUUUAAAAUAAGACCUUUGACUUCUUUAAUUUAAGAAACUCCUGGCAAGAAAAUUCUGUCAAUACAAGCCAACAAUACUUUGUAAUUCAAAGUCUUCAAGACUUGCCCAGGGCCUCAUAGCCACUAUGUGUCAGAGGUAUUUUGAACUUAAGAUGCUGAAGAUGCAGGGUUGGUUUUCAACUCCCUUAUAUCACACUUGCCUCUGACAGUUCCCAAAGGUUAUAUAAAGAGUAUUUACUUGGAAGUUAGGGGAUAGUUUCAAUGUGCAAAACUCAAUUUGGCCAAAUACUUUUCAGUUAAUGGUUAUAAUCACCAUUAAAAGUUAAUAAAAUACUAGAAUGAGGGGCAAAAAUCAUCCUAAGUGCUUAAUGGAAAAUGUAGAGGUAGUUUUUGAGACGUUUUACUGUUUGAUAAUCAAUAAGUUACCAAGUGUCUAGCCUUAAAGAUAGUCACUCCCCUUUCAUUUUUCCCCCUUUUCUCUGCUCACUGAGAAUGUUUUAAAAAAUAUAUAUGUCUUUCCUCAUAUAAUUUGUAUCUCAUGAAGUAUUCUAAGUCCACAGUUAUAAUUGGAGACAUAGGCUACAAUACAAUGGAUCUCUGAUUUUAUUAUUGGAAUUAACUCUUUUCAGUGGUAUAAAUACAGCCCAUUUCACUUGGGAUUUGUCUGUGUCUUCCUGUGCAUCUUUCCAGGAAGUCCAUCCAAAAUGCUGGGUGCCCAACUCUAGAUCUCCUACCAUUAUGUAGGUAUGAAAUGGAGCGUGUGAGCUGCCAUCCAUUAUUGCUAUAUGAUCAGGCCUUCUCUUUCAACUGUAUAUCUCAGAUCUUUCAUGCAAUUUUGGGUGCACAAUUCUUUGUUGAUAACAUACCUUAGUCUAUUCAUUUGUACCAUGAGCCUCUCUAGAGCCCUUUGGGUGGCCUCCAAAUUUUGCACGUCAUAAAAGUGUCACUGGCAGAAUUUUCAAGGGCUAAGCUUACCUUAAAACCAUGCUGCCUAAGUACAAUGAAAUCUCCUUUAGAAAGUUUGGGGAAUGAUGCGAUUAGUUACAUUGAUCCAGUCAUUAAUAUUGUGUACCCAUUGGUACCCGUAAAGAAACAACAUAUAUAAAGCAGUUGGGGAACAGUUAAAUUCAAAUAUCAAUAGAACCCUUUCCCAAUCUUCCUAUAAUGUUAGUACCUUUCCUCUGAGAUUGUCUCCUCUAUGUAAGUCUUGUUUGUACAUACUUGGUUGCAUGCCAUCACUUUAAUUAGAUUGUAAGCUCCUUAAGAGCAGGAACUGUUUUUUGCCUUCUGUUUAUAUCCUCAGUGCUUAGCAGAGUUCCUGGCAUAAGAGUCCAUGCUUAGGACAGGCUUGUUGACUUAAUUUAAUGUAAGAUUUGGCACUGACUAUCAAAUGUAUUAGGGGUUCAGAGAAAGAAGAGUGGGAAGAAGUCCUUGUAGCCAGAUGUAGGUAGCUUUAUUGAAUAGCUGGGACAACAUGGUACUUGGUUUAAUCAUUUAUACAUUAUCUUCAGUGAAGUGUAAUAAUUUAUGUUUAACAUAAAAACUAUCCUAAAUGCCAUUUAAUCCUUGAUUGAGAAUGUAUUUCAGGGAAUCAUCAUAAAUACAAUCCUGGAAAACAAAUUUGGAUGAUUUAGCUUUCAGUUUUAUAUGCAAAGUACUAAUAAGCCAUAAGAACUCUUGAGUGGAAAAAAUAUUAGAAAAGGAGGUGAAUUUUUGCUUGGAAUUGUUUUCAUAUUUUAAAGAGUCUCUAUUGCUGAGUUAUAGACUCUUUUAUCUGGUUAUAUAGAGAAAACUGCAUGUUUAACUGGAAACAACCAAGGAAGCUAUCAGUUUCCUAGUUAUGUUCCUUGUCAGCUUUUUCUUUGGAAGCCCUUCUUUCUGGAAACUUCUGUGCUUAGAACAUUUCAGACAGGGAAUUUCCUGUUUCCUACUUGAUUGAUAGGUCCCUCUGUCCAGGGUGAGAAACCAAGCAGAUUUGCCUGAAUGGGAACUAUUCCCUCUCUGUAAAAAAAAAUACCAUAACAACUCAUGGAUUUCCUUCUGCCAUAGCCUGCAGAUCAUGAUGUCUGAAGCUCCUUGGGGAGCCUUCCACUGCCUGUACCCUGUACCUUAGAUGGUAUUAGUCCUAAAUCCAGUGUGAGGGAAGUUGGUCGGUUAUCCUAGGUGAAAAGAGUCAAUUUUCUUGGCCCAUUGUGAUGGGUUCAUUGGGCUCCUUGGAGUAUCUUUUUGUAUUUGCCUUGUUGCCUUGGGUAUUUAGUUGAGCCAUGUGGCCUUCAAUUAAACAUGCCAAAUAAAAGGGCCUAUUGCUUUUAAAAUUGAAUGGUUUGUCAAAUAUUUCUGUAAUAUCAUUUUCAGUCUCAGCAGUUAAAUGGACAACUCAAACAUCUAGUCCAUCAGCAUAUAUAUCUGGGACAGACAAUACAAGUGAACUCAGAAUUAAAUGGAGCUGGCUGGAACAUUGCUUUAGGAAAUUGAAAGCUGAUUUCAUUCCCCCCGCACCUCCUCUCCCCUUCUCUCCCUGAACCAAAGACCCUUUAUGGAAAAAACAAAAAACAAAAAACUUUUUUUGCAUAAAUAUUUUACAUGUGAUGCUGUAAGUCUAAAACAUGUAUAUACCAUCUGUCAUCUCUGUGCCUUUGCAUUGGCAAUCCCUUAUACCAGAAUGCUUUUCUUAGUAUUUGUUAAACUGAGAGUCCCCAGAAACUAGGAUAAAGACUCACUAUUUGACAAAAGUCUUUUGACAAAACUCCUGGGAAAACUGGACAGAUCUGUAAUGUAGUUUCUUUGUUCUUUGCUCUUAAUGAAUACAUGACCUAGAUUAAAAAAAAAAAAGGUCACCUCAGCAGAUUAACUUUUGGAUCUGUGGAUAAGAAAUGAGUCUUUGACAAGUGAUAAAAGAACACAGGAUAAAAUGGAUAAUUUUGAUUAUAUGAAAUUAAAGUUUGCACAAAUUAAUGUAACACAUUAGGAGGAAAAUGCAUAACAAAAAAUCUUUACAUCAAGUUUUUUUGAUAAUAGAAUCAUUUCUAAGACAUAUGAGCAACUGAUGCAAAUUUAUAAGAUUGGAAUUAUUCCUCAGUAGAUAGUCAAAGGGCAUGGACAGAUAUCUUUUCAAUGAAAAUAAUCAUGAAAAAAAUGCUAUCAGUUAAAUUAAAGAAAUGCAAAUUAAAUAAACUCUGAGGUUCUACUGAGACUGGCAAAGUGAGAAAAGAGGACACUGAUGAUACUGUAGGAAAACAGUGAUUGGGUUCCAGAAAGUUGUAAGACUCCUUCCCCAUUGACCAGCCAUACCACGACCAGGUUUAUAAUCAAAAGAAAUCAAAGAGGAAAAAGAUCUAUAUGUACAAAAACAUAGUAGUUAUUUAAAGCCCCAAAUUGGAAAUUGUUGGGGGAGCCCUCUAUUUGCAGAAUGGCUAAACACAUCAUGGUAUGUGGAUGUAAUAUUAUUGUGCCAUUAGAAAAAAUAAAUAAUUUCAGAAAAAAAAACCCAGAAAUACCUCUCUAAAGAAAUGCCAAAUGUGCAGAACUAGAACAAGAUGUUAUUUUGAAAGAACAAAUGAUCUCUAGUCCAAAAGAAUGAACGUGAUAUGUGCCACUCACCCUGUGCCAUAGAGAGGCAAAUGCAGAGGCUUGAAAUGCAGAGAAAGACAUAAGUUUUUGGACAUGGCUAAUGUGGGAAUGUGUUUUGCUGGACUAUGUAGAUAUAUAUUGACAGAUGUUUUUUAAAUUGCUCAGUUUGGGGAAGGGGAAGUAAUGGGAGGAAUAGUCAAUUUGAAAAAUACUUGUUUCUUGAAAGAAAUUAAAUUAAAAUUGUUUGUUUAUACGUUGUA